GGUAAUUUCAACCGUUAAACAAGGUUUUAAUCUUCAACCUUCCAAACCCUGACCAUUUUGCUGAAAGAAUAGGAAACAAGGGUCCACUUUCCAACACUCCCUUCUGUCCUCAUCGGAGACUUCACCACAACUCCGAUCUGCCCCAAUGGAUUUCCAACUGAAUUCCCAAAUCUCAAAUGAUUCCCCUCCUUCUUCCUCCACCGCAUCCUCCACCGUCCAAACACCCUCCACUUCCAACCACGUCCCUCCGAUCUCCAGCAACAAUAACGACCCAAUGCAUUCUUGGUGGGAAUCUAUCUCCAAAGCCCGUUCUCGCAUACACCUCCUCUCCUCCCUCCUCCCCAACAAUGACUCCACCGCUGCCCUAGCUGACUCUGACCGUCCUGCCCGUUCUCUUCUCCUCUCUUCAUCGGCCUACUUUUCCAUCUCUAAUUCCCUUUCUACCCCUACUUCCGGGUCAGGUGAUGACCCCCUUUGUCACUGGCUUUACGACACUUUUCUUUCCUCCGAUACUGAUCUACGCCUUGUUGUUCUUUCAUUUAUCCCCAUUUUAACCUCAGUCUAUCUCACCCGAAUUCACAACUCUUCUAGUAAUACUUCUCUUUCGGGUUUUGAAGCUGUUCUUCUUGCUCUUUACGCUAAUGAAGCGAAAUCACGUGGUGGUAAACCAGUAGUUGUCUCGAUACCGGAUCUUUCUCAGCCUUCUUUGUAUCAUAGUCCAAGAAAAACAAACCCCAUUUCGGGGAAAUCGAAUCCUAGGUUGGAUAAAGUCCAGAAUCGUAAUUUGGUCGGAGUUUUAUCGCCCGUUCUGGAACAUCAAAUUGCUGUGAAAUCAACUAAACGUGCUUGUAUUGUUGGGGUUGCUUUAGAUUCUUAUUAUAAACAGAUUUCACAUAUGCCAAGUUGGUCAAAAUUGGAUUUCUGUAGGUUUGCUAGUGAUUGGGCUGGUCAAGAUUGUGUUUGCGUUUCGGAGUUUGAUGAUGAAAGUGAUGGGAAUUCGGAGAAUUCUGUCGAGAUUAGUAACGGGGAUUUGGUGGGAGGGAUGGAGAAUUUGGGAAUUGAAGAUGGAUAUGAUGAAUUAAGGCCAAAAGGUGUAAGAAUUCCACUACCAUGGGAGUUAUUGCAACCUGUGAUAAGGAUAUUGGGGCAUUGUUUGUUGGGUCCUUUGAAUGCUGAGGAUGUGAAGGAUGCUGCUUCAUUGGCGGUGAAACGGUUGUAUGCAAGGGCUUCACAUGAGUUGAAUCCGCAGGCGAUUUUGGCAACUCGGAGUUUGAUUCAGCUUGAUAGGAGAGGUCGUGACGCAGUUAAGGUAGCUGCUGCUGCAAGUGCUGUUAUGUCAAAUGCUACUACGCCGAGUAAAGCUAAAAAGCCGGAGAUCCUUUUGGUUUCUAAAUGACUGCAUUUGGUUUGACUGGUUUUCACUUAUUUAUUUUUUCACUUGGUCAAUGAAGUGUUUGUGUAGAUUAGAAUUAUAAGUAUAUUGUUGCUAUUAUUUGUUUUAAUUAGACCUUGUUAUAGAUUUUAUUAGUAGUGAUUAAAUGUCUAAUGCUGAAGAAGUUCUGUAUGAUUCUGAAUUUGAUGUGGCGACGUGCUUGUGUGGUUUGUAACUUGAUUUUUUUUUUCUCAA